UCAAUGCGAUGUUUGUCCGCUGAGUGGCGCUAGACCAGCGACCAACACAACAUUGGUCACGUGACUUGCCAUGGUUUGCCCCGUCAUGGCUGCCGACAGACGCAUAGCUUAACUCUUUUUGACACAAAAACAUCAACCGAAGCCCUAUAAACAACACAUUGAGCCACUGGGACAACCUAAAGAAGCCAACAUGUCGGAGCGACGCCGUGCUUUGCCGUCGUGGAUGUCAAAACAUGACGAGGGAGUUAAUAAGAAGCAGCCCUUGAAGACCACCAGGAAGAAGAAAGCCACACGGUUUGUUUUGUACUGUAUGAACGAAAAAGAGAUGGUGGAAGCUGCUGUCGCCUAUCUGGGACACCAAAAUGUGACUCACCUAUCCGGCCAGCAGAUUGAAGACAAAAUGGAGGAUGCAGCCGGUAAGAAGCGUGGGAAAACGGCUUCCUUGUUGAAAAGGCGAGUGAAGCCAGUCACAGAGGCUGUAGAGGACGCCUGUGAAGAUGUGUCCUGUACGUCAGAGACAGACCUGGACAUCACCAAGAUGGAGACAUUGCCUUACGCCACAAGCACACAGGAGCAGGAAGAACGUGAGGGUCAGAUGUCACCAGCAGCAGUCGGUUGUCUCUGGAAGGAUGGACAGCAGAGGGAGAAGGAGCAUUUGACUGAUAGUAAAGACAAGGACGACGCCAUGUGUCUUGUUCGAGAAAUUUUUUUCUCUUGAUAAUGGACGCUGUAACUUGUAUUGUUCUAAAAGUUGUCUAUGUAUCUUUUUCUGAUUAAGAAUGAUCCUGUUAUUUACCCUCUAUUGGAAAUGUAUUUUAUCCACUGUUUACAUGCAGCAUACCCCACAUAAAUACACACAAAAUGUGAAAUUCCACGUUGAGGGGCAUCUCUCCACAAAAAUGUCUGUUUUGGUGUGUCGUAGGUUUUGAACUGAUUCACUUAUAGCCUUAACUGUAUCAUAUUAUUUUAUUUGUAGUUUGCAGUGAUUAAACCUGCACUUCUAAGUAAAAUAAGCCAAACAAUAGUGUCAUCCCAGUAUGAUACAAAGCAGAGCGAGGUGAAGCGAGGUGUAUGCAAAGACCGAACCUUCGUGAACUCAGCACUCGUCAUCAAACGAUAUCAGUCAGCUGAUCGGCAUUUACUUCUGGUGAAUGAACUUCAGUAACAGUUUUAAUCAAAAUUAAAACUAAUAUUUACACGAACACCUUCUGACUUGGGUAAAUAGAAGAUUCGACAAGACUUAAGUCCUUGGGAGCGCGCGUUAGGAAGAGGGAGGCCCGCCCCUGAGGAGGGUGCGCUUUUUGUUUUUGGACUCACACGCGCGACAGAGGGAGUCCGUGUCUUCACCAUCGUCGGGCUGCAAGCGUCCUUCAAGAUUCAUCAUGGGAAACAAGUUUAUCCGGAAGCGAGAGUCUCCAGUCGGCAGUGUUGGUCCAGUCCAGAAGCCAGCGGAGGACCAAAAGACGACACAAAUGGGAGCUUCUGAUGUGACGCCAGCUCAGGAGACGAUGCCAGCAGAGAAACUGGAUGUGGUGGUUGGGAAGGAAGUAGCAGAGGAGCCAUGUCUGUCUGAUGAAAAGUGUGUCUCCAAGCUAGAAGCAACCCCAGAACCGUAUUCUGAACCCAAUCCAGAGGCGUGUGUUGUUGAUCCGGCACCAGUCACAGAGGGAAAGAAUGAUCUAUCAUCAGUGUCUUCAUCCCCUUCCAUUGAGCUGAACACCCCGGAUGGCACUCCCAAUCCAUACCAAACUCCCACAGAGGUCCUAGUGAACAACGGAUCUCAAGACGAUGCAGCAGCUACUUUGGAACCGGAAAAGCCUGAAGAGGAACCAGAGCCAGCUGUAGAUCCAGUCGAGGUUGUGGGUGCAGGGGAUAUGAAGCAGCGAGAGGAAAGCAUCGGUGAAUCCCUGAAGAAGUUGUCUCUGAACGCAGGAGCCGAGCUAGACCUCAUUGAUGACACUCCCAUAGACACAAGCAGCAACACCAUUCCGGUUAUGUGAACCCCUUUGUUUGGUUCUUUCCUCUUUUUCCUCAUUUCGGAGUUGCCACAGCUGAAGAUCUGCAUACUGAUUUUUACCUUAUUGGCCUUAAUCCUCAAGGACACUAAUAUUGUUGUUGGUUUUAUGUCACUACAAAGGUAAAUCACUUCAACUUGUGUUUUCUAUGCUGGUAUUGGGGAGUGCAAAUUUGGAUAGAAAAGAGAUGGGCAAUGUAACCAAGUCACCAUAUUUUCCAUAAAGACACUGUAAGGUCUUGUGGAUUUCCAAUCGAAAUAAAAGUAUUAUUCACUCUAUGUGCUUUUGUGGCAAAGGAUGUCCAUGAUGAGAGGAAAGUGCGUGUGGAUGACUACAAUGUGCAUGGCUGAGCGUGAAGAUUGCACAUGUGGAAAUGAAAUUCCAGCGCAGAUCAUGUAAGAGGCAGUGCCUUCUCACAGU